GCACAUCCCAUACACACCCACUAAUUAUAUAUGUGUGUUAACAUACUGUUUGCUGUUAAAGUCUUCCACGUUGUAUGCAAACUGUGAGCGACAGCCCAUUAUUUAACGUGACCUUCCUCAGACCUUGUAUGAUAAUGCUGUAAACUUAUAAAAAGGAAGCCUUUCAACACCUGUAACUGGGCAGUUCUUUGCCUGGUGGAAUAGCAAGGAUGGCGGACCCGGGCGAGUCACAAGCUUCUGAAGGCCACGCGCAAAACAGCUCUGUCAACCUUGUUGACCUGUUUCAGACCGGCGAAAACUGUAUUGAGCGCCGAAGGACCGAUAACCUUUUUAAGCAACUUGAUGAGCGGCAGCUGACAGAGGAUGAGCAGGCCAUCAUUCAGCAGCGGGUCGAGCUGCAGCGCAAGAUGUUCAUGGAGUACGAGCGACGCGAGAAGCAGCGCAAGGUGCGUGAGCUGCAAGAGGUCUGCCCGGACCUCGAUGAGGAGGCCGCUACGAGGGCUCUGGAGCUCUGCAACUGGAAGGAGGAAGCAGCUGCGGAGCGGGUGAGCUCGGACCCUGCCUUCCUGCGCCGGGUGAAGGCGGGCGGGGCGGCGGCGGCACCCGAGCACCAUGCCCCGGAACGCCCCAGGACGGAACGGCAGCGCAGCGGCGGUAGUCGGGCGGCGGUAGGGCCUAGACCCAAGGCAGUGGACCCGAGCCAGGUCGGAGCCGUGUUUGUAGGCCGCUUCAAGUCGCGGCUGGGUCCCCACCAGAUCAGCGCCAUGGGUCGCCAACCCCAGCCGCAGCCCCAGCAGCAGCAGGGCGCCGGAGCUUCCAGGGCGGCGGCUGCGGGCCGGCGCGGGAACCAAGCGGGCAACGCCGGCGGGGAUGGCAGUGGCGCAUCGCCAGCUCUCGCGGCAGCCGCCACAACACCCCAGCAACAAGAGCAGGGAACGGCCGCAGCGGGAGCCGACCAAGCAGCAGCCGUACCUGCCGCAGCCAUCGCUGCUGCUGAUGUGGCAGCCACGCCACCUCCCAGGAGGUCUAGUCGCCGCGCAACAGCGACCCAAGCCGCAACCGAGAGUCAGCAGCAGGAGAAGGACCCGAUGGACACGGAGAUGUUGGAUGCGGGUGCUCCCGAUGCGGCUGUGGAGCGGGGCGUCGAGGGUGGUGAUCCGCUGACAGACGCGGCCAUUGGAGAUGGCGACGAGGAUGGGGAGGAGGGUGGCGGAAUGGAGGAGGAUGAGAUGGCUCUGGACCCCAACUCUGCAGACCUGUCUGACAACGAGCUGCAAUACGAGGACGACGUGUUGCCCGUGUUGAGUCCGCUGGCGGAGGCGGCCAAGAAGCUCCAGCAGCGCCAACAGCAGCUUGCGGAGGAGGAGGAGGAGGAAGAGGGGCACGUACCCGCGGGCCUCGCAUCGCAGGGCGUGGCUGGAGGAAUGACAGCGGCUGUACCCGGCCAGUCGCCACUAUUCCGCUACCGGCUGGUCGCUGAGGGCUCCAGCGGCAACGUUCACUCGGUCGCCACCGAGGAGUGGAACAGCCUCCUGCGGGCGCAGGAAGGUGCCACGCAGGGGCAGGAGCAGCCCCAGCUUCAGCAGCACCCGCAGCCUCUUGCUGCGGCAGCUGCGGAUGUGGCUCCUGCGGGCGAUGACGACGAGGUCAGCAGUCCACCCACCGCAGACCGGCCUUCCAAGCUGCAGCGCAGUGGCAGCCAGCAGAAGCAGCCGGCGGCUGCCUCUCAGCCCCAGUCCCAGCCUGCGUCUGUAGCUACAGGCCCAUCCUCUCAACCAAUAUCCUCCCAGCAGCAGCCACAGCAGCCGGACCAGGCUUCGCAGCCAUCCUCCACGCAGCCCUCUCAGCAGCAGCCGGCAUCGCAGCAGCUAACAGCCACAGGUCGUGGUGUGUCCCUUCGGCCGCGACGGGCUACAGCGGAGCAGGCGGCAGCGGCUGUACGGCAGGCGAUUAGCGAAGAGGGAGCCGACGAAGAAGAGGAGACUGCUAGCGAUGGCGGGGACUCUGACUUUGAGGCUGAUGGUGGGAAGAAGGGUCAGCAGCAGCGGUCAAAUGGUGUCGCGAUGGAGGCAAGCGACAGCGACGACGACAGCGAUGAUGAGGAUUUGGUGGAGGAAGAGGAGGAGGAGGACUACGUGGCGCCUGGCAGUCGCAAGCGUAGGGCAGGCGCUGCGUCAUCACGACAGCAGCCGCGCAAACGCGGUACGACAGCAACAGCUGCUGCUGCAGCUCGCGCGAGUCGAGGAGGCAAGCAGCAGCCGCCAGCUGCGGCGCCUUUUGCACCGGCAGUGGCCGAGCAGCAUGACAAUGUUGCUUCUGUCACCGUUGCCGCCUCCGUCAGUGCUAUGGCUGCUGCGGCUGCAGCAGCGGCUGCAGCCGCCCUGGCUCGUACGGCAGCUGCUACUGCGGCGCCGCUCCAGCUGUCCCACGCUGGCGAUGAUGACGUCGCUGCUGCUGCUAACGGCGGCGGCGGUAGCGAUACCGCGGCAGGCCCUUCAUGUGUCGCAACGACGGUUGCGGCUGCAGCUGCUGCCGUACCUGCGGUUAGCGGCGGCGGUGGGGAGGACUCUGAGGCGACCGUGACGGAGGAUGAGUCAUCCCCAGGAGGCGGCGGUGGUGGGAGGUCUCGGACGGCGAGGCAGCGGCAGAGCAAGGGGUCAAAGAAGGGGAAGGCAGGAGGCCGGGGUUCUUCGAAAGCGAGUGGAGGCGCUGCGGGGGCUGCUGCAAGCGCUGCUGCCGCCGGCGGUGCGGCCAUCAGCGCCAGCGGACACACCUGCCGCGGUCGGGUGAAGCAAAAGGGCGUGAAGCGGGCGGAUCUGCUGGCGGUGGGGAGCCUCGUCGCCCGCCCGGGCUGGUACAAUGCAGGCUACAUCUUCCCCGCCGGUUUCAAGUCGCAGACGUGUUUCCGCUCCUCCGUGGACCUGGACGCGCUGACGGUGCACACGUGCGAGGUGCUGGGUGAGAGCGGGCAGUACUGGCCGGCGCCCACCUUUGUGGUGACCGCGGCGGACCGCCCGGACGAGCCGCUGGUGGCGAAGAGCUGCACCGGCUGCUGGACGGCGGUCCUGAAGCGCAUCAACGGUGAGAUCGAGGGCCGCCGCGCCGCGGGCGAGCCGCUCCCGCCGCCCCCCAAGACCGCCAUCGCGGGUCCCGAGUACUUUGGUCUCAACCAGCCGGAGAUCUGCGCCGCCAUUGAGGCACUGGACGUGGAGCGCAAGUGCUCCACUUACUGGGAGGGCAAGAUGGACCGGGAGGCUGCCAGGGGGGGCCAGGCCGUCCCCGCCAGGGGCAGCCGUGGCGGCGCAGGGGGCGAUGCAGUAGCGGGGGCGGCGGGAGGCGGAGCAGGCACCUCCAGCCGAGCUCCCCGCGCCCCCCGGGCUGCUGGGGGAGGUGGCCGGGGGCGAAGGGGGCGGCGCGGCAGCAACGCGGAUGAGGAGUCGGGUGGCGAGCGGGCGGGCGGCGAGGAGGAGGACCCGGAGGAGACAUACGCGGGCAACAGGUGGUCUGCGGUGACCCGCGCCGAGCGCUACCGCAAGCGCUGUGAGGACGCGGGCGAGGACGCCGCGGCGCUGCUGUCCGCCGCGCAGGCCGACAACCCGCUGCCCGGCUUCCUGGACCCCAUCACGCUGGAGCCGGUGGUCAACCCGGGCAUCUCGCCGUACGGCCACGUCAUGGGGAUGGCCACGUGGAAGGCGGUGCUGGCGGAGCAUGGUCGCUGCCCCUUCACCAAGCAGCCCCUCAACGCGGAGGCCAUCACCGUGCUCACCAAGAACAACAUCGAGCGCUACCGCAGCAGGAUCAUACAGCAGUAGGGAAGGAGGGACAGGCGGCCAGGAAGGAGGAGAGGAGGAGGAUGAGACCGGGAGUUGCAGGGGGAGUUGAAGUUGUAGGGAGCAGGUGGAGUGGAGCAAGAGGAAGAGGCUGUUUAGAUAUCUGACGGGAGAUGGAGGGAAGAGGGGCCAGGGUGAUCCAGCGAUAGGGAGGAGGUAUGCGGCGGCAGCGGCGGUCAUUGCUUUGGGGUGGUAAGGGCGAUAGUUCCUAUCCAAGGCCAGUUGACUAGGGCAUGCUACGGGAAGGGUAGGAGAUAGUUCCGGCGUCUGCUGGGGACAGUUGCGGCGGAUGAGCGGCUAUUAAAGGAGCAGGUCACCAUAGUGCUGGUUCAGGGCUGCCCGGCGUCGUUUUGAAUGUAAGGGCUAUCGUACCGGGUAUUAUACGGUUGUAUGGUAGGGCGCCUGGGAGCCCACACCGUGCUCUCAUGUUGCUGACGGUAGCGGGUUUGGGCUUUCGGAGUUACUUGGUUGGGUGUUGAUGCUGGGAAGGAAGGUGCAGCAACACAAAAAUCGGAAUCGGAACACUAGUGAGCGGGGAAAAGGCUGAAGGCCUGGGAGCUUUCCCGCAAGGCGCCUCCCCUUGAGGGCUGCGGUGGGGCGCACCUUGGCGUGCCAGGUGGGUGACAUUCUGGUGUUCUGUUUUACUCUCAAGUUGGACUAACGGAAGUUUCGAGACGGCGACUUAGCCAGCAGCCAUCAACGCGAAAGGGGCGCUUGAGGGAACGCAUUGAGGCAAGGGUGAUCCUCGCCUUAAGCCGCACUUGUUGUAACGUGCGAAAGCCAU